AUGCCAGAAGAGAUCAUCCAAUUCCACGACCUAACAGGGAACGGCAUCAACCAUAUAUCAGGGUGGUUGUUCCGCCCUCCCCCCGUUACGAAGAAGGUCCAUCUAGACCAAAGACGGGAACUCAUCGGAAUGACUGAGGAACGAGGACAUAAAACUGAGGACUGCAUCGCCCUGAGGCAAGAAGUUGAAAACAUGUUGCUACAAGGUCACCUCAAAGAGUUACUGAGCGACAGGGGAAGAACCAACUUCGCCAGAGGACGCGAAUACCAAGGACUGCCAAAACCACCCUCACCAGCUCGUACCAUCAACAUGAUCAUCGGCGGUAGCGAUGAUGCUUCCAUCAAUAGCAUGAAAUUCACCACAACCCACAAACUCAAGCAAUCUAUCACCCACGAACAGUACGACGAACUCGAAGAAAAUAUCACCUUCGACAAGUCGGAUGCCAACGGUUUGACCUUUACUCAUAAUGAAGCCCUCGUUAUUACUUUACGUAUUUUAGAUACCAAUGUUAAAUGCAUUAUGAUAGAUGAUGGGAGAGCGCGUGCAUUAUCCAUCCCUGAAUGCUCACCCAAAUGA